UUUAGAAUGCUUUGUUUUCAAUUUCUAUAAUUCGCCUGUUCAAAACAUACCCCCAUUUCCGCUUGGCGCGCUCCGCGAUGGCAGAUGUAAGCUUGAUUGUGGAGGGACUGCCGGCGGUGCUCCUGAAACCGGAUACAAUCUACCGCAUUGGAAGAAAGAAGGGCCUGGAAAUCAGCAUUGCCGAUGAGUCCAUGGAGCUGGCCCAUGCCACCGCCUGCAUCCUGCGAAGGGGAGUGGUGCGUCUGGCCGCCCUGGUGGGCAGGAUGUUCGUCAACGAGCAGGAGAAGACCAUUGUGGACGUGGGAAAAGAGGAUGCACUGGGCGGCCAGGUGAUGUUGAGAUUCGGGAAUGUGCAGGCCAGGUUGGAGAUCAAGGAGGACAGCGAUGAGGCCCACGAUAGCAGUGGUUUUGGGGAGUGCCUGAAGAACAGGUCCAUUAAUUCCACCCUGGACAGCUUGGAUAUCCCGGAAACACAGCCUCCUUCGGCCAACACAACAGCUAACACCACGGCAGAUAGCUUCUUUAUACCCGAAACCCAGGCAUUUUUAGCCCCGCAAAGACCUUCGAUUUCCAGCGGUGCAAGAGUGUCGCUGGGCGAUGACUUUAUGAUACCCGAAACGCAGGAUCUGCUGGCGGAACUUCCGCCACCUGCGGAGCAACCAAAAUCUGUAAUAAAUCUCCAAGAUUUCACGCUUGCCAGCGAUGGCGAGUCCUCGCAGGGCAGCAUGAUACGCAUGUGCACCCAGGAUUACAACGAAGAUGCCAUCGAUGAUUUUGAUUCGUCUCAAGUCCUCUGCGAUGCUUUGUUACCUCUGCCGCCGCCUGCGAAACCCAGGGAAACGCUGGAGAGGAAGGAAACUAAGCAGGAUCAUUUGGACGCCACCGACUUGGAAAUGAGUGCUUUAAAUUGGUCUGCCAGCAAUUCCAAGUGCUGUGCCCUGAGUAGCACCAAAGCGGAGGAAGUGCUGCCGCCUGGAGAUGCCUGCAUUACUCCCGAAUUAUCUGCUCCCUCUGGGGAUCGUAAUAUUUGCACUCCCGAUCUAUUCGAUUUGAUUUUGGGCCGGGAGAACCGAGCUGAUUCUGCUAGUCCAGAUCCUUUUGUUCGGCCUGCAAAUAGAGAGAAAACCACCACACCGCAGUUUGGCGGAAUCAAACAGCUGGUUGUGGCCACCAUUGAGACCCCCACUGCCACUCCUGACCAAGAAAAAGCAUCGAACAGCCAGGACAUGAUCGCCACUCAACGAUUUCCAGGCAACAAAUUGUUUGAAAGUGACGGCGAGGAUAAUGAGCCAACUAAUCAAGAUUUCGUGGCCACUCAGGCGUUUAAUUUGGCUCCAAAAUCACCAAAAGAUAAGGAAACCAAUCAGGAUUUCAUAGCAACUCAGGCAUUUAACCUAAGGCGACCUCAAGCACAGACAGCUAAUGAGACUUCCAAUCAAGAUUUUAUUGCAACUCAGGUGUUUAACUUGGAACAAAAGAACAAUGAGACUUUGAACCAAGAUUUAAUAGCCACCCAAGCCUUUCCCGGCAGGAUUAAUAGCUCUCGUUGCCAGGACUUUAUAGCCACACAACCCUUUCAUGUGGUUAAACAGCAUUCCUUGAAUUUGGGCAACAAAGAAAAUAUUCAACAGAAUGUCAGUGGCAAAAAGAAACCUAUUAAAGGUUCAAAAACUUCUAAAAAGCCUUGUAAUGAGAUAGAUUCUGUGCUAGAUGAAAUGCUCUCAGGAACUGUGGUUACUUCGCCUGUAAAUCCCAACGAAGAGGCCAUCAAGUUCUUUAAACCAUGCGUGAUUAAGGAUAAGAAUCACUACCAAAAGAUUUGCCAAAUCGAAGGUGUUUUCAGUGACGUGAGCAACAAAAGUCGUUGGCGAACUGAGGAAGGCAGUCGCAAACGUUGCGCCAAAUCGGAAUCACCUCCAACUACGCCCAGCCGAAAGAAUCGACGAAUUUCGGAGGGAUCUCAGCGUUUUGAAAGUAAUUUCAGAAAACGACGAGCAAACUCAGAGGAUAAAAACUCAGAACCAUUUAGCAAAUCUAUUUGCCAGGAACAGGAAAUCCCAACAAUUUCAGAAGAGAAAACAAAAGAGGAUAAAGGAAACACUGCGUUUAAAAAGGAGGAAAGCUCUUUAAAAAAUAAUAAAGUAAUCACCGAGUUGGAGGAAAAAUCUAACGAAGAGCCACCGGCGAAGAAAAAGCGCGGCAGAAAAGCCAAGAAUGCAGAGACAAGCCAGGCAGAAACAUCGAAGGAUAUUCUCAAGCCAACUAUCCGAACCAGGCGCAAAACCGGCGAUGAAGAUGCUGUUACGUCUGGUAAAGAAAAACCAACAAAAGCCAAGAUUGCAGAGAAAAACAAGGCCGAUAUAUCUAAGGACAUUCCCAAACCAAUGGCUAGAACCACACGGCAAACCAGCAUUGAAGAGGUGGAGCUGCCUGUAAAGAAAGAAAGUGGAAGGAAGGCCAAGAAGGCAGACACAUCCAAGGAUAUUCCAAAGCCAACUAUACGAACCAGGCGACAAACUAGCGAGGAAGAUGCAGCGACUACUGGAGCAGAAAAGGAUGGAAAGGAUAUUCCCAAACUAAUGCCUAGAACCAGGCGCAAAGCUAGCGAAGAUGAUUCUGUAAUGCCUAAGGUAGAAAACCCUGUUAAAGCGAAAAGGGGAAGGAAGCCCAAGGUGGAGGCAUUGGAGGAUAAAGCACCACUAAAAACCAGUAAGGCGGAGGCACCCGAGGAUAAAGCUCCAUUAAGAACCAGGCGUAAAACUGUCGUCGAAGAUCGCGACACUCUCCCUGAAGAAAAACCCAUUAACACAUCAAUUAAACGUGCAGUUGUUCGUUUAUCCAGGACAACCAUUGAUCAAAAAGAGACUUCAUCUAGCUCUGUCACGCCUUCCAUCGAAGAGCCAUCAUCUAGCUCCACUGCUGUAGCUUCGCGAGCUCCAAGAGCAACUCGACUAGCUAAGUCGCGUCCUAAGAAGCUUCCCUCGCGUGAAGAGCCAUCAUCCAGUUCUGUUGAUUCUAAGAAAAUAAAAACUGCAGCUGAAGAGGAAGCUAUAAAGAAUAGAUCAGGAGCCACCACCACUCGAUUUAGUCAGCCGGUUGCAGAUCCCCUAAAAGUCUUCAAUCAAUAUGUGAGGAAGGCCAAAACGAGUGGAAAAAUAAAGAUAGCCUUCACCAUGUGCAAUCGUGUGGCUUUAGAAUCCGUCUUAAAAGCAUUGAAGCAUGUGGUGGAGACCACAGAGGAUCCCCUACAGUGCGACCUGCUCAUCAUGGACAAGGGCGAGCGCACCUUCAAGUUCCUCGCGGUGAUUGCCUCCAACAAACCUGUACUCUCCAGCAAUUGGCUGCAUUCCGUAAAGAAAACCAGAAGCAUCGACAUAAAGGCAGAUCAUCUGUUUAGCGAUGCCAAGUUCGAGGAGUCCUUUAAAUUUAAACCGCUGUCUGUAAUGGAACAUCCCCGUUUGCUGUACGGCUUGCACUUUAUGCUCGGCGAAGACAUCAUACCCAAGGCCAGCGAAAUGAAAGUCAUUAUCCAAAGUGCCGGCGGCAAGGUCCACGCUCAACCGCCUUCGCUGGCCAUCAGUGUGGAGCUGUAUGUGGUGACCACCAGCAAAGACACGAAAUCCAAGAGGCGCCUGAGCAACCACGAGAAUGUGCACUACAUCAAAACCGAGGCCAUUAUGCAGGCGCUCGUUCAACACAACAGGGAGCUGCUAGACGAGUUCAAGCUGAAACUUUAAGGAUAUACUUAUUACAUUUCUUGUUUAGUGUUUUUUCGAAUUUCCAUUGAUAUUGUUAACUUCUUUCUAUAAAGCUUUAAAUUUAGGUUUCUUUGUAUUAUAUAUUAAUUUUUGUUUAAUGUUUUCUGGGGCCAUAUUC